GCCCGGGGAGCGGCCUCUCGCUCCGCCGCCCGUCCGCCCGUGCCCGCAGCCCCGGCAGGGCAGGACGAUGGUGCAGAGUCCGCCCGCACGGCAGCGCCGCCGCCUCUGAGCCCCGCCCGGCCCGGGGGCCUGAGCCCCUCCGCGGACGCCGGUGAACAAUCAGAAUAAUGUUCUACAUAAACCUGUUGGAGAACCUGAAGGUUUACAUCAGCAGCCGCCCUCCGCUCGUGGUCUUCAUGAUCAGCGUGAGUGCCAUGGCCAUUGCCUUCCUGACACUGGGCUACUUCUUCAAAAUCAAGGAGAUCAAGUCACCAGAAAUGACAGAGGACUGGAAUACUUUCCUCCUGAGGUUUAAUGAUUUGGACUUCUGUAUAUCUGAGAAUGAAACCUUAAAGCACCUCCUGAACGACACCACGACCCCAGAGAGCACCGUGACCAGCGGGCAGGCCAGGUCUUCCACACAGUCCCCACAGACCCUCGAGGACUCUGGUCCCAUCAACAUCUCUGUCACCAUCACGCUGACCCUGGACCCUCUCAGACCUUUUGGGGGAUACUCCCGCAAUGUCACACACCUCAGCUCCACAAUUUUUGGGCACCAGAUUGGACUUUCAGGCAGAGAAUCCCACGAGGAGAUCAACAUCACCUUCACCCUGCCAGCUGCCUGGAAUUCCGAUGACUGUGUCCUGCACGGCCACUGCGAGCAGGUCGUGUUCACCACCUGCAUGACUGUGACAGCAGCCAGCAACGUGUUCCCAGUCACUGUCCAGCCACCACAUUGUGUUCCUGAAACCUACAGCAAUGCCACUCUGUGGUACAAGAUCUUCACCACGGCCAGGGACUCGAACACAAAAUAUGCCCAGGAUUACAACCCCUUCUGGUGUUACAAGGGAGCCAUUGGGAAGGUCUACCAUGCUUUAAAUCCCAAACUAACUGUUAUAGUUCCAGAUGAUGAUCGCUCUCUAAUAAACCUGCACCUCAUGCACACCAGUUACUUCCUCUUUGUGAUGGUGAUUACAAUGUUCUGCUAUGCAGUCAUUAAAGGCAGACCAAGCAAACUGAGGCAAAGCAACACAGAAUUCUGCUCUGAAAAGGUUGCUUUAUCAGAAGCAUAAAACCCCUCUCCCGAGAGCGACCGAAACCAUUGCCUGCUGAACCCAGCCUGGGUCUUAACACUCUGUGAAUCCAUUACCUUGCAAUGUUGGUUUAUUCCAACCAAAGACAUUUCAAAGUGCCUGUAAUUGAUUUGUACAUAUUUCUAAAAGCAGAAUAUCCAGAGGAAUUCUGAGGAGAUGUGCUUGUCCCGUGGCGUGGUCGGGAUCCUCCGGCCCUUCCCUGGGCACACGUUGGUGUAGAUAACUCCAGUGAAAAGGCUCCACAGGGGCAGAGAUUUUUGUCUAGCUGCACCUGGGCAAGUGAAGAUGCCUUUGCAAGUGUCUCAAACCAACCAAGAGAUGUUUGGUUUUUUGCCCAAUCUGUACAGUGUGUUUGAACCAAGUAUGCACCUUUGAUAUAAUCCUGCAUUUCCAAAGCCACCAAUCUACAUGAAUUCAAUGUGUGUUUGUGUGGCCUAAUACUUUAUUCCAUUUGCUCCUUGCUUGCAAGAAAAGAUAUCAACGUUUUAGAUUUUUUUUUUCUCUCUUUUGGAAGAAGAAGAAGAAAAAAAGAUACAUAUUCACAUUUUAAUAGUGCUGUAUUUAGGGCAAACUUGUGCUUUUAUUCAUAGUAAAGAAAAAUAAGUGAAGUCCCAUUUUAAACUGUUACUUACUGCAAAGAACUGUUUGUUUUGGGUUUUUUUGUUUGAUUUUUUUUUUUUUUUUUUGUUUUGUUUUUGAUAUUUCAUUUGGCUUGCUGAAUGCCAGAGAACCAGUCAGCACAGAGACUAUCUGGAAAACUUUUCCACUUGGCUUCCCAUCCCCAGCCCUCCAGCCAGGAUUGUGUGUCUCUGCUGCAGAGCAGCUUUCUGUAAACUUUUUUUUUCCCCCUUUUUUUCCUUUUCUUUCUAGAAAGUGAACCUUAAUAAAAAGAUGUAUUGUGUUAGCAGCCUGCUGGGGCUCUGCACGGCCUUGGGCAAGUGCAAAGAGUGAAAGGAAAAGAAACCCCAGAGUCUGUUCCAGAGCUUCACCCUGGGGCUGUGCCUGCAGCUCUAAGGGGCAGCUGCCAAUGGCACUGCUGAGCUCUGGCCCAUUAAAUUCAUUAAAUUGCCAUUUACUGCUGUCCACUCAGGGCAAAAUGGCCACAAAAGUGGAGCUCUUGUGAGGAAGGUCAAAGAAACCACCCAGUGAAACCCCUGCUGUUCUCUGAGUCCUUUCUCCUGUCAGAGAUUUGAUUCUGUGCAUUUCUCCCUUCCCUGUUCUGCCUUUUGCUGGUUUUUUCUUCUUGGCUCCUUGAGAAGUCUCCUUAAUUUCAGGGGUCAGGCUCUUCCUGCAGACAUUUCCACCACUGUUUCUAAAUCUCACUGGUUGCCUUAAUUGACUUUUCAUCUUUUCUCCCAUCUUUCUCAUCAGGUGGUGUGACAGCUCUGCAUUCAUUAACUCAUUCACUAAUUCACUCAUCUAUUCCCACAGGCUUUUUUACCUCCUCUUUUUGCUCCAACCUCCACAGAAGAAAAAAGCCAGGUGAGAAUCUCAUAGUCUCAGUGAUGCUGGCAUAAAAUUCCCAGUUUCUUCCCUCCAGGCACCACUCCUGGUCUGUGUGUUGGGACUUCAGGAAGUUCAUGAGUCUUCAGGGUGUUUGAGCAGUCACAGUUUCCUUCAGAACACAUUUCCUCCUACAAUUUCAGUUCCUUAAGUGGGAUUUCCUGACAUGUUUUCCUUUAGGGAAUGUUAAGGCAAAGCUUUAGAGAUGGCCUGGUUGGAAGUUUAGGGAUAAAAAAGAAGCUCCCAGUUUUCUCCUGAUGCUGUUCUGGGCUGAUGCUGCUUCCCUGAGAUGAGGCACAGAAGUGAAACAGGCCAAGAGCUUCUCCUGAGCUGUUCCUAAAUCCCAGCCUUAGCUGUUCCUAAAUCACACAAGCCCAGCCUUCCGUGUUAAUCCUCACUCCAAGAGUUGCCUCUGAGGGUGCCUUGAUCUGGGGACCAAAGGCAGGAAUAGGAGAUGGGGAGAGAGGUGGUGCAAAUCCUGGAAAUACCCAAACCCCCCCCAACAUCAACUGACUCCUUCAGCAAAGCAAAGCAAAUCCUUUACCCAACAAAUUCCAACUCCAAGCAUCCCAGCUGGAAUUUGGGCAGUCAGGGAAACCAUUUGGGAAUGAAAGGAGCCUGCUUGACAACUUCUCCCCCACUUUCUGCACCCCUCAGGAAUACUGAAGGUUGUGACCCACAGUGCAAAAUGGAAAACGUUGGAGAGUUGGAUUUUUUGGCCUUAGUUCAUCCUUUUGCCCCCUGUAUUGCAGCAGGGAGGUGCAGGGUGUCCCAGCAGGCCAAAGUGCUGGAAUGCUGAGGAAUUUUGGAUUGUUCCCAGGCAAUGUACAAAGUUAAAUGCAGCCAAACAGAAGAGUUAAAACUUUAAUAUUAAAGUUCAGAUCAUAUUGAUCUUUCCUUUUUUUGUUUUCUUUUUCCUUUUUAACUAUGACUUGAAUCAGUUUUGAUUCUAUUUGUACCUGUUUUCUUGUUCUUAGAAAGCUGCCAUUUUCUUUUUUUUUCUUUUUUUUUCUUUUUUCUUUUUUUUUUUUUUGCAUUUUCUUUGGCAUUACAUAGAAAAUCUGAGCCUUGGUUUCAACCCUCUGCAGGUGAUUGUAGGGUUCGAGAUGGCUGUUUUUUGGGUUUUGUUUUUGUUUUGUUCUUACAUUUCACUUGUCUUGUUGCAUGAUGGUUAAUAGCUGAUUUGGAAAUGACAUUUCUCUCCUAGAUUAAUUUUUGUGUUUGUAAGAUGUGCAUAUUGCUUUGCAGAAUAAAAACUAUGAAGUUUA